UGCCGUGGCGCCGUGACGGUACGGUGUUAGUUGGUACGUCGUUCCUCUCCGGUUGGUCGUGCGCCUCGCAUGAAGGGACGGUCGCGUCGCACGUUGUUUCCUCAAUGGAGACCUCGUGGAGACCCGGUGUGAGAGAAAACGCGGGCCACCGCGAUAGCCAGUGAUACACGUUGCCGCAAUCGAGACGCGCCACCGGUUGUUUUGCAUUUUUCUAAAUGAAUACUUUCGUGUUAUUACACUCAUGUAGUACGUAAUAGAUUUUGUGUAAAAUCUUAGGGGCUUGUAAAUAGCGCUCUGUCAAAGUGUACGAGUGAAAUUUUUUUAUAAAUUUAUAUCAAGUGAAGGAACAGACGAAGAGAGAAAGAGGAUCUUAUCAGAGACCAAUUGUGAUCGAUGAUUUCUUUGGUGCUCUUUGGUGUGUGCGCGUAUCAUCGCUGAUAGUAGGGCAUCCGAGCGGAUACGCGAUAUACGGAGUAAUAAGAAGCGGUUAUGAGAGUUCGAUGACCACGAGCCCGCGGACCAUCGACGCUACCAUGGAUUACCUGCAGACGUGCCUCAUCUUUUACCUGCUGAUCCUCUGCUUCUGCGGCGGACGUUCCAUAGACAUAUCACAAUGCAUCGCACCCCUGGGGAUGGAGUCGGGCGCAAUUCCCGACGCGGACAUCACUGCGAGCUCUAGCUUCGAUAGCGGAAACGUCGGGCCACAUCGCGCACGGCUCAAGCAGGAGAGCCACGGAGGUGCCUGGUGUCCGAAGCAGCAGAUCACGGCGGAGCCGCGCGAGUGGCUCGAAAUCGAUCUUCACACGGUGCACAUGAUCACAGCGACUGGCACUCAGGGCCGCUUCGGCAAUGGCCAGGGCGUCGAGUUUUCAGAAGCGUACCUGCUGGAAUACUGGAGACCGAAGCUGGGAAAGUGGGUCCGCUACAGGGACUUUCGUGGCGAAGAGGUUAUCGAAGGGAACAGAAAUACCUAUCUGGAAUCGAAGAAGGAACUGGAGCCACCGAUAUGGGCGAGCAAAAUUCGUUUCCUACCCUACAGUUAUCAUCGUCGCACUGUUUGCAUGCGCGUUGAAUUGUACGGAUGUCCUUGGAACGACGGCAUCGUCUCGUACUCGAUGCCUCAAGGUGACAAGCGUAACAACUGGGAAUUCUUCGACGCGACUUACGAUGGUUAUUGGGACGGACAGCUUCUCCGCGGCUUGGGACAACUGACGGAUGGCAAAAUCGGACCGGACGACUUUAAGAUAAGGUACUAUGAUACCUAUGACAGAAGUCAGGGAUGGGUCGGCUGGAAGAACGAUACAAGGUCCGCGCAGCCGCUCGAAGUCAAAUUCGAAUUCGACCACGUUAGAGAAUUCUCGGCUGUUCACAUCUACUGCAACAAUCAAUUCACCAAGGAUGUGCAGGUAUUUUCUGAAGUCAGCAUCAUGUUCAGCAUCGGCGGCAAGUAUUACACGGGUGAUCCGAUCGUAUAUACCUAUAUGGAGGACAGAAUCUUCGAAUACUCGAGGAAUAUCACGAUCAAACUGCACCACCGGAUCGGCAAGUUCGUCAAGCUAAGAUUCAGCUUCGCCUCGCGAUGGAUUAUGAUCAGCGAAGUCACCUUUGACUCCGAUAUUGCUCACGGUAACUUCACCCCAGAAACACCACCCACGACUGUGGCCCCACGACUGCCGGUUAUAACUCACACUCGCGACAAUCCGCUGCAAGCCGAAGUUCCGGUAGCUAAGCAGGACGAUCCCACUUACAUGGCUGUGAUUAUUGGCGUCUUGACCGUCGUAAUCCUGCUGCUGGCGGUUGCCAUAUUCCUGAUAGUCACGCGUCACAGACAGCGCAAGAACUUUGCCAGCCCCCUGGGCGCCAAGAGCGCGAUACCGUCGGGCAAUCAUCAGCAUCUGUCGCCGGAAUCUGCGUACGGUACCACGGAAAAGGACCCGUCCUUGAUGACCUAUAGGGUCGAGGAACUCGACGACCGGUACGCCGGCACGAAGCUCACGACCCUACCGCGAGAUCUCAAUGACCGUCUUUUGGGCGAUGUCAGACUCGACGAGUACCAGGAACCCUUCCACGAGAAGUAUCGGGCAUCUCCUCAUACGGCGUACUACGGAUACAGCACGGUUAUUGUAGACAACAAGGAUCUCCAUGACAAUGUCGAGCAGUCUGAUGCCACUUACGAUUACGCAGUACCAAUGCCUGUGCCUAGUGUAAGCAGUGAUCAGGAUAGCGUUUUCUCGAAAUCUUCCUCCAGGGGUAGCGCAAAGGCAUGCUUGCAGAGCUUUUUUCCGCCGCCCCCGCCCCCUAUGAGUGCACCACCUCUUCGAGGCUCCAGCAAUUUGACGUACUCGAAUCCACCGAGUCCGGAACCAGUUUGCGAGCGUGAGCGCAGAGGUAGUAAGCGCCGGGAGCACUCCUUGCACAGAUAUGCGUAAGGAAUGCAGAAUAUUCAUGGAAAACGAAUGAAAACCGAAGGUAUGAUGGAUUCUUCGUUACUGUGAGCAGCGAUAUCGCGUGAUCGAGUGAAUCCUCUGGCACUGGUCCAACGAAGAUUCCUGUUAUAUUUCUCUUGCGAGCUCAACGGAUAUAAUUCAUUAAUUUUUUUUCAAUAUAUUUCACACAUAUAUACUAGAGCGUUUAAAAUUCAUAUUGACUAAUAAUAUUUUUGACUAAAAAUAUAUUUUACUUUUUAAUAAUAAUUAACUCGUAUAUGUGUGAAAAUUUAUCAAGACUUAUUGACAAAAUUACAUUACCGUUUACAAUACGCUUUUCUUGUGAGAAAGGAAAUUUGUAUAAAAUUAAUUUAUAUAUUCACAGUCUCGAAUUUUGUAAAUUCGUGCUGCACAUGCUUUACCCCAUCUGCGUUUUUCACAAUUUUUAAGCGCGCGGAGAGAAAGAACGCAAACACGGAGCAAAGUAGAAUAGAUCCAGUGCCGCGAGGAUACCGUGAGAACACGCGCGUUGUUAAUUCUCGAGGGUAAAGACCGGUGGUAAAAGUAACACGUUGUACAUUUCGGAGUAAACGCUAUGAGCGACCACGCGGCGGAAGAGGUCGUAAUCCUGCUUGUUACAACGACGAUAUUUUUUUCUCGAAUUUAUAAUGCAUCGCGAGAAAAACGACGCGAUCGCGGCGCGGUCGCAUUCAUCGCGAAAGAGACACUCUUCUUGACGAGCACUGCCAUCGACGAAUUUUCGGACAUAUUGUGCGACCUCGAGGUCUUUUAGGGAGAUUUGCGAUCUACUUCCUACGAUUUUAAUAAUUAAAUUGGCAUAUCAGUUUAACGGUAAAGCGACCUCGCGCAUAUGACUCUUCCCGAGAUUCGUUCGAAAGUCGACGACAUCAUCGAAAAAUCGCAGUAUCGAUAUUUUCAGUUAUCCACAUUUUUUUUCGAAUCAUUCACACUGAAAGUCAAGUCUCAGCAUCUUUCUUUCCAGCACUUCACUGCCAAGUCUCCUCUUCCACUCGGAGUGGAAUUUCGCGAACGAGACGUGUAACGUUGCGGAAUGCCACUUCCUUCCGUCAAUCUUUCCGAAUGCUACAGACAUAAACGAUGCGUAAUCGUUACAAAGAAUAUAUACACACGUGAACACAUUCGAACGAAUUAGCAGGAAGAGUCGCGUUAAUGAUUCGGUCUGUUCGGCGCGCAUGUGCAACAAGAUCGAGCUCGCUAUCGAUUCAGGUGAGACCAGCGGUAACUAUCAGAGGGGAAGAAAAAAACGACCGGGUCGGAUGAGAUAUUUAUCCGAUGGCGCGAUCGUUACGUCGGCUCGAAAAGAUAAUUAAUUACCGGCUUGAUGGAAUAAGCGAGCGUUUCAAUUAUUCGCGCAUUCUCGAGCGAACGUCAGCGGCGCCUGACAUCGGAGGAAAAAAGCCGCGCGACGAGAUCGACGUGACGAUAUUGAAAAGAGCGAACGGUAGCGAGCUUCGAUCCCGCCUCACACAAGACUGAUGUCAUAUAAAUAAUUCAGUAUCCUGACCGCGCGCGCACGUCGUAUUAUUUAUUGUCGCUUUACAGCGUCCCGCGUGACGAAUCUUUAAUUUAUAUACAUAUACAUAUAUAUACAUACGAAAAAGUGAAUAUAUAUAUAUAGAUAUAUAUACAGAAAGGUAAUAUACAUAUUAUCUCGUACGACGACGAAUUUUUCAUAUAAUAUAGAUUGUAUAAGCCCAACUUUAUUUCUCUAUCUCUACCGACAUCGCCUUCAUGCAACGAGGAAAAUCGAGAAUUUACCAGCGUAAGGAAUCGACAAUACAGGGAUGAGACAACAAUAACUACAUGUGUACGUAAUUGAAAAAAAAAAAAAA